AUGGCCCCAAUGCCACGUACACCACCGCGACACAGGGACGCGUCCUACACCACCACUUCCAAGCUCCGCUCGGUACCGUACGCGUCAACAUCCGCCGAUCCCGCGGCAGACCUUCCUCCCCUCUCAAGCCUCCAAGCAUGGGUGCACCGCCCACAGGCUGUAGCCAAGUGCUUUGUGAGCGACGUGUUCAAUCUCUGCGCUCUUGAAGCAGAUGAUGGCGUGGUGAAGCGCACGGCCCGGGACGUCUUCCUCCUCAACCAUUUCCCAUGCAAGGUUAUCGAGGUUUAUGGAUGGGUCGCAGGUGUCGAUCACAAGGACGCAUUCACGACAGUCACUCUGGACGAUGGCGACGGAAUAGCCGUCCUGCAGGUUACUGUCCGUCUCGCUCAAAGCGAAGCGGCCGCUCCAAAACAGCAAAACCCGACCGCAUCUCAUGCAGGGGGAACCUUCCGCUCUCGCCGUGAACGCAAUGCUGCACUCAAGGCGACUGGUACAGCUCUUCCUCCUAAACCGCUUGAGAAGAUGUAUAUUCGCCCUGACAUUCGCGUUGGUGACACUGUUAGAGUUGUGGGCCGCGUGGACGAGUGGGGGCGGCAAAAGCCCGGCAGACCAACAGAAUGGGUGCGACAGGUCAUUGUCGAUGAAGCGUCGGGCUCUGGCCUUAUCAGCGUCGUCGAUCCUGAUGACCACUUUUACCAUCUCGCACAUGUCACCGAGCUGCACGACACUCUGUACUCGCGCCCCUUCAACAUGCCUGCUCCCUCGUCGUCCCGCACGUCUCCCGCAAAGUCCUCCCCAGCAAAGUCGAUAAUGUCAAGCAUCGCGUCUUCCGACUGGGGAGAGGAUGACGACGAUGAUGCCUUUGGACCCGACUUGGUCGACCCUGCCAAGCUUAGCUCCAAACUCCUCACCGAGAGCACGUUCAAGCGGUACAUGAUGGACCACAUGACGCAGGAGACGACAAGAAUGGUCAAGGCAGCGACGCGAGGGAUGAGCCUGUUUGCACCCAUCCCGGCACUGCAGGUUCUGUUCCCCGAGUAUGGGGCGCACACUGCCAAACGGCUCGACAUGGAUGUUAGCAAGACGUCUCAGCUCCCCAAUACACGCGACAGCGAUGUCUUCUCGUCAUACCCGACGGCGUCUCGUGAGACUCAAGUGACUCAAGUGACUCAAGUGACUCAAGUUACUCCACGCCCAACAUUUCGUUCCAAGGCCGAGCGGGAGGCCGCACGCCAGCAGGAAGCUAAACCCACACAUAUUCCUUCUCCCGAUAAGGACAAGACCCCUAUGGCUGCUACCUUCAAGUCUCGUGUGGACCGCGACCGCGAUAGCUCCAGCGUGGCCCUCGUCGCUGAACCAGCCCUACAUCCAUUCACGGUACCCUCCCUCCUCGCUGUCGCUCUAUUGCGCGAUCUUGCUGAGCGCGUUGUCGACAAUCGAGCUCGAGUAGAGGAGAAGGAGCGCCGCAAACGCGUCAAGCUCGGAAAGACCACUACCUUGGACCACCAGCUUGUGGCCAGACGCAAAGCCCGUGGCCUAAAGGAGGGCACGUACCAGCUCUCCUCGUCUGAACGCGAGUCCAAGAUGAGAACGCUCACCGAGUGGGCUAUCCGCGAUGCCCACAUCGAGGGCGGUGUCGUGCAGGUGUCCACCGCUGUGACGCCUGCUGGAUACCUGCCACUGCCUGCCGCCUUGCUCGCACCUCUUCUCGUCCCCGUGGUCUCAGCUGCGCGUGAACGCGCUCAUGGUACAUUCCGGUCGCGCCUCGAGCGUUCUCAGGCAAAAGAAGCAGCGUCUACCGGGCGCUCUUCAAACCUCCCCCUCAAUUCGCUUACCAUCGCGGCCCGGCUAAAAGCGUGGGAUGGUCGGUGGGAGCGAGUGGGCCAGUGGGCUGUAGAGGAGGCGCUCGAGUGGGGAGAGGCCCAAGGUAUCCUUGAGCUGGAGCGUUAG